GAGCGGCGGCGCUGCCUCGGCCCCCGCCCCUCGGCGCGGUGGGGACAGUGCCACGCCGGCGGCCGCCUCGGAGUGACAUGGGCCGUGGGCUAAGCCUGCUCCUGCUGCCGCUGGCGCUGCUGGCGGCCCCGACUCGGGCCGAGGGCGGCACGGCGGCGGCGGAGGAGGUUCAGAUAGAGGUGCUGCACCUUCCCGAGGCCUGCAGCCCGAAGAGCAAGAAGGGCGACCUACUGAACGCGCACUAUGACGGAUUCCUGGCUAGCGACGGAUCCAAGUUUUACUGCAGUCGGACACAAAAUGAAGGUCAUCCAAAAUGGUUCGUUCUGGGCGUUGGACAAGUCAUAAAAGGCUUAGAUAUUGCUAUGAUGAAUAUGUGUCCUGGAGAAAAACGGAAAGUGACAAUUCCUCCAUCAUUAGCAUACGGACAGCAAGGAUACGCACAGGGCAAGAUUCCACCCAAUGCAACACUGAUCUUUGAGAUUGAACUUUAUGCAGUAAAUAAGGGACCUCGUAGUGUUGAAGCAUUUAAUCAAAUAGACAAAGAUGGUGACAAGAAACUCUCUGAACUUGAGAUAAGCCAGUAUUUAAAGGAAGAAUUUGCAAGAGAUGGCAAAAAACGUCAUCCCUCAGCCCAUGAUGAAAUCUUAGCUGAUAUAUUUAAGAAAAAUGACCAUGAUGGAGAUGGCUUCAUAUCAGCAAAGGAGUACAAUGUCUACCAGCAUGAUGAACUCUAAGGACUGACUAGAUUGAGUGAAGAACUUUUAGGCUGCUACAGCUACUGAGAUGUAUCAAACCCACUGAAGUAUUCCCCUAGUGUGGACUGGAGCAGCACUGAAGGCUUGGUCCAUAAAAGUCCUUUGAUCGAGAAUGGGAUACAGCGGAGCAAGGACACCUGUCCAGAGCAGCCUUUGGGACAUGUUUACUGCUCAGCAUUUACCUUCACACUCAGAUCUGCAGAUUUCCAAAGUACUUGGACCGAGGAGUGUUACAAGUUUAAGGUCUUGGUGUAAAGCUGCAUACAGGGAUCUGCAUUUUUGUUGGAUGUUAUGUUCAUAUUAGAAUGAAAAAAGAGGACUAUGAUGGUAUCUUGGCCAUGUCCCUGCCAUGGGAACAUAGUGCCUAAGGAGUACAUUCAGAUAUUGCAGUUAUAUUGUUUGGUAUGUAAACUUACAGCUUUUGCCCUCAAAUAAAUUACUGUAAUUAUAACUUGUAUAAUACAAGCUGUAAAUGGCAAACCCAUGAAAUAGGUUCAAUGUUAAGUUAGCUUUAUAAUUACUCAAUACUAGUUUAUCAACAGCCAUAAGUUUUAUUUUAAGAUCUUUAGAGUUUAAUGAGCAGAUUUGUUAUUUCUGAGAGUCAGGUUCUCAAAUGUAAAUUUUAAUAACUCUAUAAUCAUUUCAAUACACUAGAAAUCGAGAGCUACAUCUUGCAUCAAGAUUUUUUUCUUUAAACAUUCAUCUUGCACAGAAAUUAAAGAAACAAAGGAACACUUUUCAUGCAUUAAAUAAGACAUUUGUAUAUAAAUAUCAAAAGUCAUACUUCGAUGAAACAGAUUAUUCUUUAAUCUCCUUAAUUUGGUCAGUGAAGAUGAUCCAGAUUUCUCUCUUUCAAAUCCUCCUUUUGAAAUUGGAGUCACACAGAGUUCUGUAAAAAUGAAAAGUUUUAAAAGGACUAAAUAUAAAAGCCAUAAUUGCACAACAGUUUAAUAUGCUUUCUAUAAAUUUCUUUCAAUAAAGUUAACAGUAAUUAAAUUUAGCUUUGCUAAUGUUUUUAAUGGCUGGUACAAUUUUUUAAUACAAGUCUGCACAGAGUAAUAGCCCACAGAAUCAAGUAACACAGAUUUGAUGGGAAUUUCUAAAUGUUGGUAGCUUUCAAUUAACAUCCUCAUAGUCUGUUUAGGUUCAUACACAAAUUAUGGUCACGUUAAGGGAUUAGGACAAGUCAGUAUCAUACAAGUGGAAGCCCUGAUUCUGAAGGACAAACAUUUCUGUAGUCUUACUUGAAAGUAGAAAUGAAAAAUAGUAAGCAAGGCUGUGAGUUCUUUACUCACCUCUUCCAAUACUGAAUCAACUAUUAAAACCUUUUUUAUUAAAUAAAAAUAAGUAUAAUCUGUGUUUCUAUCCAUAACUUGAAAGAAAACCUUUAAAGUAAAAUCUGUUAUGCAAAUUUUUUGUUUCCAAUUACUGCAAUUAUUUCCUCCUAAAUAGCUUUAGAUACUUAUAUGUGCAAAUGUAUCAGACUGAAAUAAAAGCCCCAACAGAAAAAAAUGUUACUAGUUUAGAAGUUCCAUACACUUUUUUCUUUACUUGUGUCUUUGUACUUGCCUAUUUUAUGCAAAACUGAUCAGAUAAUGUCAGAAGCCUGUUCCUCACCAGCUAGAAAUAUAACUAAGUGGGGCUUUUUGUUCCAUGCAGCUGCAGAAUUAAAAAAAAUACAAAGUCAUACUAACUUUUAAAAAAUGUUUCCACAGCAAACUAUUUUCUAGCACCUGCCUUGUUUAUCAUGUUUUCAAGCACACUUUCUGUCAGAAAGUCAGAAUGCUUACGUGCAUAAAAUUAAGGCAUACCAUUGUAAGGAAUCAGGGAUUACGUAUAUCAAGAGCAAUAAAACAGAUUUAAAAACUUAAAUCAUUAUAAAUAAUAGCAGUAAUGACAGUAAUUCACAUUACUUACCAAAAUUACCGUCCAAAUGAAUGUAGAGUUCAAAUACACUAAAAGCAAUAGUUGUAUGUGCAGGAAAAACAAUGGCUUUGUCUCGUCCUUUAUAAUUCUGAUCUUCAAUUAUGUGAAACUGUAAUUUAGAGAAGCAUCAAAAGAAAAAAAGUUACAAAUUGAAAUGAAUUAAUAAACAUAAUACUAAUCUUAACUGCAUACAUUGAGAAUUAUAAUACUGGGGGAAACUUUGAAAUUGAAGAUCAAAUUUCACAACUGAAGAAUUUUCUAUUAACAACUUUGCAUUUUAAUAACAUUUGAUACAGAGAGAGUAAUUUGCAUCACUUACUGAAAAUUACGUGAAUGAUUUAUAAAUACUAGUAAAGAGCAAAGUCAGAAGAUGUCUAGGUUUAAUUACUCAAACACGUUGAGGGGGAAGCGGGAGGAAGGGCAUAAAACAGGGAGUAAGAUGCCAACCCUUCAAAUAUUAACCUGAAGUUCCAAUGUGUUACAGAAGAUAACCAUAAUAAUGAAAGAAAGGUUAUACAUUUCUUAGAAAGAAGUCAUAAAUUCUGCAUUUUUGCUGAGGCUUUACCCCAAGCAAUGGCUCAUUGUCUAGCCAUCCUUUCAUGCAAUCCCAUCCCUAAGUCACAUAAGCACUGCUAACAAAAGACCAACUCUUAAAUCACUUUACAUCAUUGCAAUAAUAUUGAUUUACUUCAGAUUUUUUCAAGCUUACAUUAUAAAAAUACAAUUAAAUCAAACAAUAAAAUUUAUAAAAACGA